AAUCCCAACCCCAAGAGACACAAUCGAAACCACGGACCUUACGGUACACCUUUCCGCAGUGGAUCCAAACUACCGUCUCUCAACCCGUCACCAGUAGUCCACACAUGGUCCAUUCAUCAGACCAGCAAAAACAGUCUCUCUCCAGCGAUCACACUUGACAACUUCGCUGGAUCUGAUCUUCCGCCUACUGAAGCAGCAGCUCACACUCUCCCACAAUUCUGAUCGAUUUUCAACUCUUAGGGUUUUCCAUUUCCUUAAAAAUGGUGUUUUGCGUGGAAACCGUUUGGUUCAGUGCCGCGGGCGGGUGAAAAAAGUGAGAUCUCUCUCUCUCUCUCUCUCUCUCUGAGAUGGCGGCUUCACCUGCUAAGUUCUUCUUCGGGUUCCUGAUUCUUUCCAUCGUCUUAUGGAUGAUCUUCGUACUUUGUUCAAGAUUCUCUGCGUGGAUUCUUAGCCGAGUGCUGGGAGCAUCUGUUGUGUUCCGUGUUGGCGGUUGGAAAUGCCUCAGGGAUGUCACGGUCAAGUUCAAUAAGGGUGCUAUCGAGUCCGUGUCUGCUGGUGAAAUUAAAGUAAGCUUACGACAGUCCUUGGUCAAACUCGGCGUUGGUUUUCUUUCUAGAGAUCCUAAACUGCAAGUCUUGAUAUGUGAUCUUGAAGUUGUAAUGAGGUCAUCCACUUCAACAAAUAAUGUACCCAAACCCAAACGUCAGAAACCUCGUAAUUCAGGCUGGGGAAAGUGGAUGGUGGUGGCUAAUAUUGCGAGGUUUCUUUCAGUUUCCGUCGCGGAUAUGGUUGUCAAGACCCGAAAGGCAAUAAUGGAAGUCAAGGAACUGAAGUUGGAUAUAUCGAAAGAUGGUGGGACAAAGCCAAAUCUAUAUGUAGAGCUGCAUGUAUUACCGAUUCUGGUUCACUUAUGUGAGUCACGCAUGAUGUCUGAUCAGUCGUCUAGCUCAAGCUUUGAAAGGUCUACUGCUUCCCAAACGACCUCUGCCACAUCAGACAGAUCCUCUCCUGCUUUGUUUUGUGAUGAGCUCUCUCUUUCUACUGAGUUUGGACAUGACAGGGCUGUAGGUAUCUUUUUACGAAAUGUGGAAGUUAUAUCUGGAGAUGUAACUCUGACUUUUGAUGAGGAUUCAUUUCCAAAGAGCAAACAGUCAUCAUCUACUCUUCAUUCAGAUGAAGUUGUAACGUCAACUACUGCUGAUUCAUCUGCCAAGAAAUCUCCUAAAGAGCAUCAACUGGUGGUAGCUCUCGCAAAAUAUUCGUCGUCUUUUCCUGAAAUGAUUUCGUUCAAACUACCCAAACUGGAUGUGAGAUGUGUCAAUCGAGAACAUGAUCUGGUUGCUGAGAAUAACAUCACAGGAAUUCAACUAAGGAGUGUUAAAUCAAAAUAUUUUGAAGACACAGGAGAGAGUACACGUCUCGAUGUUCAGAUGGAACUCAGUGAGAUUCAUCUUUUUAGAGAAGCUGAGUUCUCUGUUUUGGAGAUUAUGAAAGUUGAUGUGGUCUCGUUUAUCUACAUCCCAAUUCAGCCGGUUCUGCCUAUUAGAGCUGAAGUUGAUAUAAAGCUGGGAGGUACAAGAUGCAACCUAUUCAUUUCUAGGCUACAGCCCUGGUUGCGUCUUCAUUUCUUGAAAAAGAAAAAACUGGUGCUGCAAGGUCCCACUCACACACUCGGGAAAUCAAAAGCUUCUGAUACGAAUGCCAUUAUGUGGACAGGCACAGUUUCAGCCCCUGAGAUGACUGUUAUGCUAUAUGGUAUUGAUGGUUUGCCUAUGUAUCAUUUUUGUUCGCAGUCGUCGCAUGUGUUUGCUAAUAACGUUUCGAAUACGGGAACAGCAGUUCAUGUUGAACUUGGUGAAUUGAAUCUGCAUCUGGCAGAUGAGUACCAGGAAUGCUUUAAAGAAAACCUUUUCGGAAUAGAGCCGAACUCUGGUUCGUUAAUGCAUAUAGCAAAGCUUAGCUUGGAUUGGGGAAGAAGUGACAGAACAUCAUCUGACGAAGUUGGUUGCAGAAGUAAAUUGAUACUCUCAGUAGACGUGACUGGAAUGUGUAUUUACUUUUCUUUCAAGCGUGUUGAAUCCCUCAUAAUUAGUGCUAUGUCCUUCAAAGCUCUCUUCAAGACAUUAUCUGUUUCCGGCAAAAAGAUGAAUCAAUCUGGAGGAGUGCAACCAUCCAAAGGAUCUGGGAAAGGAACUAGGCUUGUGAACCUAAAUCUUGAACGUUGCUGUGUGAAUUUCUGUGACGAGACAGGAUUGGAUAACACAGUUAUUGACGAUCCUAAAACAGUCAACUAUGGAUCACAAGGUGGCCGAGUUAAGUUUAGCUCAUUGGCUGAUGGCAGACUACGCACAGCGAACAUUCAGUCUACUGCUUCUGAAGAGUGUAAAAGACUGAAGUACUCGGUCUCUCUGGAAAUAUCACAUUUUAAAUUUUGUCUCAACAAGGAUAAACACUCAACGCAGAUGGAGCUUGGAAGAGCAAUGUCUAUCUACCAGGAAUAUUUGGAGGAGCAUAAACCUUGUUCAAAGGUCAAGUUGUUUGAUAUGCACAACGCGAAGCUUGUACGUCGAUCUGGUGGUCUCAAUGAAAUAGGCGUUUGUUCUCUCUUCAGUGCUACUGAUAUUUCACUGGGUUGGGAACCUGACGUCCAUUUGUCUUUCUAUGAACUGUUUUUGCGGUUGAAAUCCCUGGUUUAUGCACAAAGGCUUAAAGAACAUGAAAGGGAAGGCAUCUCUAGUGUGAAAGAUGGUGGCUGGGGUGAAGAAAUAAAUUUGUCCAACUCUGUUGACAAGCAGAAGAAAAAAGAAUCUAUGUUUGCUAUUGAUGUGGAAAGGUUGACAAUAUCAGCUGAGGUAGGAGAUGGGGUAGAGGUUAAAUUGGAGGCACAAUCAAUAUUUUCUGAGAAUGCCUGUAUAGGAGUGCUUCUUGAGGGGCUUAUGCUUGCUUUUAAUGAAUCUCGAGUGUUUAAAACUACAAGAAUGCAAAUAUCAAGAGUUCCUUCUGCCUCAUCGAGUUUAUCUGAUGGAGUCCCUGUAAUGACAGGUGGUCCUUGGGACUGGGUAGUACAAGGGCUUGAUGUGCAUAUUUGCAUGCCACACAAGCUGCAGUUGCGUGCCAUAGAUGAUUCGAUUGAAGACAUGUUGCGAGCCUUGAGACUUAUAACUGUAGCGAAAGGUAAAAACAGUUUUCCAGGAAAGCAAGAAAGCUCGAAGCCUAAGAGUAAGAAAUCUAGUCCAAAAUUUGGCCGCGUAAGAUUUUGCAUACGCAGGCUUACCGCAGAUAUUGAGGAAGAACCAAUUCAGGGUUGGCUUGAUGAACACUAUCAUCUGGUUAAGAAGGAAGCUUGCGAGUUGGCUGUAAGAUUGAAAUUUCUUGAAGAUUUUAUUCACAAAACUACUCAGUCUUCUAAAGGUGCUGGAACAAGUGAUCCUUCAGAU